AUGCCACCAUCGUCCAUGGACACUCAAAGUCCCUUCAACCAACUCCCUAGCAUGCAUAAAUCUACUAGUCCCAUCGUAGAUGAUCGUAAUGUGGAUGUAGGGACUCCAGGUACGACGCCAUCGUUUGUGCAGACCACUGCAGCAGGCCGUCCCUCCGUGCUCACAGACGUGCCAAAAGAGGCACAGUCACCAAGCAAAGCCCCGUAUUCUUCUCCCUUUGAAGGCUAUUCUGCCUCAAACCUGACCACCGAGCAAGGCUCAUUCAGACAGCUAGCUGCCCGCAUGAAUGGUACUCUGUCUAAAGACGAAGAUAGCAUUCUUGUGCAACACGGUCGUGAUCAGCGUCGAUACGUAGCUAAUGCUCCGAUUCGACCCAUUCAACAGGCCACCAUUGGCGCCAUCGGGGAUGGUCGUCGUUUUCCCACUGUUGAAGGCUACUCACUUCCAGCGGAGAUCGAACAGACCGCCUUGCUUCUCCGUAGCCUUGAUAUCACCCCUCCUCCUUCAGGCUUGCUGGGUUUACCUCCCUCUCCUAUGGAUUCUACUCUCCAAAGAGUCCCACCCUUAGAUACAAGUAAUUAUGGGCUGCACCUCCGAUCACUUGAACUGCCAUCCACUAUCCCUUCAAUGUACAACUCCUUCGCAGGCUACAGUGACACGCCAGUCACCAUGUCCCCAGCUACUCCUACGC